CACGCGAAAGCAGCACAAGAGCUGCAUUUGACACCUCUAGCCUGCCACGAGCUAAUGUUCAGCAUGUCUGAGAAGGAACUGGGGAAGAAGUGGGACCGAUGCCUGGCAGACGGUGCCAUUAAACUCGGCACUGGACUGGGGCUAGGAAUCGUGUUUUCUGUUCUGUUCUUUAAACGGCACACGUGGCCGAUUUCAUUCGGCUCAGGAGCGGGACUUGGCAUGGCAUAUGCCAACUGUCAGAACGACCUAAGGUCACAUUAUCUGCUGCACAGAAGCGAAAAGGAGCAAUAGCUGCAAGUCACCGAGGGACUUUUUUGUGUUUUUGGAUUUGUUCUUUUUUUGUUUUGUCUUUGGGAAAGUCACCAUUUGCACUGUUCUGCAGUUAGAUUCUUGUCUCUCUGUUGAUCGAUCCAUCCCUAGUAUGACUGUCUGAUUUGCAUGUGCCUAAUCAGGACAGUCUGUGUUUAUUUAAUAAAAUAAUCAUAACA